AUGGAUGCGGUCAAGGACCGGGGGAUAUUAGGAAUGGACUUUCUCCUGCCUACAAAUGGACGACUGGACUUCAAGGACAUGGUGUUGACCCUGAAUGGAGAACGAAUAGGGUGCCAGAACGGUCAGGGUGCGAACGUUUGUGCGCGUGUGACUGUAGAGGUGACUGUGGAGGUGCCUCCGGGGCAUGAGGCCCUUGUCUCGGGAAGAGUCUCUAGGAAAUUUACAGGGCUUGGAGUAAUGGAGCCAGCGGAAACUACAGAGUUGGCAAGUAGAGGACUGAUAGUAGCAUGGCUGUUGGUAAAACCUGAAGAGGAAAUGCUCCCCAUUCGUGUUUUCAACCCAGGACGAAGGACUUGUGUAGUGAAGGGAGGCAGUGGAGCAGGAAUUCUAACCCCGGUGGAAGGCAGAGAUGUCCAGGAGCCCGAUGUGGUUCGUGCCAGAGAGGAAAUUGGACAGCUACCAGCCCAUUUGGAAGACUUGUACUCGAAGAGUACUGCCGGUGUGGCCCAGGAGUAUCAUGGUGAAAUAGCAAGGCUACUACUUGCGUAUCAGGACAUCUUUUCUAAGGGGAGUGAGGACAUAGGUCACACUGACCGGGUGAGACACCAUAUUGAUACCGGGGAUGCCAGGCCUAUAAGGGAGAGACCGAGAAGAUUUCCAACGGUGGAACAGGAGGAGAUCUCCAGGCAGGUGCAAGAACUACUUAAGGAGGAUAAGAUUGCACCAUCCAGCAGUCCUUGGGCUGCCAACGUGGUACUGGUAAAGAAAGAGGAGCGGGACUAUGCCCAAGUGGUGCGUGAGAGAAUGCAGGGCGCACAUGAAAGGCUAGCGAACACUUGA